UGAACUCGUCUGAAUGAGUGGUCAUUCCGCCUAUGGCAGGCACAGAGGAAAGCAUUCAUGUCUGAUGGACACCUCGGAACCGUCGUCGAUGUCAAUAUCCUCUAACCUAGUCAGCGCGGUACCGAGAGCCGCAUUGACUCUUGCUGUCACAUAUAACCGCGCUCUGCUGAGCACAAGGUCAGAAGCUGAACACCCAUGCUGAACUCAGAAGAUCUCGCAACCGUGAACGGUGUCCACAGCUACGUCGCUCGAACCCCCUUUGCGAGCACGAACGUGACCGUGCUCUCAGGCGGCUCCGGCAACUACACCUAUCGCCUUCGUCUCGCCGAGCCGUACCUCGGUCGAGAGACAGCUGUCCUCAAACAUGGGAAAGCUUGGCUGCCGGCGGAUAAGACGUUCCCACUCGCGCUGGAUCGACAGAGAUACGAUGUCGAGGCCAUGCGACGCGUCAGGGCAGUCCUUCCAGCGACCUCGCUCGUUACGACACCCGAAAUUUACGUCUUCGACGAGGACGCAAACGUGAUCAUCAUGGAGGAUGGCGGUACCCUCACCCUGAAGGCGCUGCUUCUCCAAGACGGAGCUCUCGCGGUCUCCUCGGCGCGUACCAUAGGGUCUGCGCUCGGCACGUUCCUGGCACAGGUGCACGUUUGGGGCAGGGACGGUCAGGUGCUCGACUUCUUCGACGGGAACCUGCAGGCGCGGACGCUCUCCGCAUGGGCCACGUAUGGCAGGAUUGUUUCGACGCUCUCAGCGCCGCACGAUCUUCCAGCUCUCCGUGACCCACCGCUCGAGGUACCCGAGGACCAGCUGAAGGUCCUCACGGAGGUAGCCGACACUACCGCUGACGCAAUGCGCAGCGCGCGCGAGACCGUGGUGCACGGGGACUUCUGGCCUGGGAACGUGAUGGUGAAACUGGGGGGCGAAGGAGAUGAGAUUGGAGUCGAGCGCAUCUACAUACUCGACUGGGAACUGUCGAAGCCCAGCUUGCCCGGGUUCGACAUCGGACAGUUCUUCGCAGAGGUGCAUCUGGCACGCAGCUUCUAUCCGCGUUGCGAAGCGUCAGCAUCAGUGCUCUUGACGACUUUCUUGACCGCAUACCGAGAGGGAACUCGGCAAGAAGUUAUGGCGCGAGUUGCGGGGCUUACGCUAACGCAUUUCGGAGCGCACACUGUAGCGUGGACGCCAAGGACCCCGACGUGGGGAGACAAAGAAAUAGUCAGGAAGGUAGUUAUGGAUGGAGUGCGGUACUUGCUCGGGGCGGGAGAGGAGGAAGAUGACUUGAGCCAGUCUAUGUUUGGGCCGUUGCUAGGGCAUGGCCUAUGA